GCCGCGGGUCGUUGUGACAUUCGAGUGGCGAUGGGAAGCUUCACGGUUUGUCUGCUGUUGUCGAUCGCCACCGGCGCAGCAGCGCGAUACGAACCCAACUGGGAAUCCGUCGACUCCAGACCGCUGCCAGAGUGGUACGACCAGGCCAAGUUCGGCAUCUUCAUCCACUGGGGGGUCUUCUCUGUGCCGAGCUUCGGCAGCGAGUGGUUCUGGUUUUACUGGCAGAAUCAAAAAGCAAAGCCGUAUGUCGAUUUCAUGCAGAAGAAUUAUCCCCCAGGCUUCAAGUACCAAGACUUUGCACCGCAGUUCACUGCUGAGUUCUUUGAUGCCAAAGAGUGGACGGACAUCUUUGCCUCAUCGGGGGCAAAGUACAUCGUCCUGACCACAAAACACCAUGAAGGUUUCACGCUCUGGGGCUCCAAAAACUCCUGGAACUGGAACGCAGUGGAUGUUGGACCAAAAAGAGACCUGGUAGAGGAGGUGGCCAGUUCCCUCCGGGCCAACAGUGACCUGCGUUUGGGGCUUUAUCACUCUCUCUUUGAGUGGUUUAAUCCGCUCUUUGAACAGGACGCUGCCAAUGCCUUCACUACAAACUACUUUGCAGCCACUAAAUCUCUGCCUGAGCUUCAUGAGCUCAUUGUCAAGUACAAACCGGAGCUGCUGUGGUCUGACGGGGACGGAGAUGCACCUGACAAGUACUGGAACAGCACAGGGUUCUUAGCCUGGCUCUACAAUGACAGUCCUGUAAGAGACACAGUGGUGACGAAUGAUCGCUGGGGCUACGGCUCCAUCUGCACCCACGGAGGGUAUUACACCUGUGCCGAUCGCUACCAGCCAGGAAAGCUGCUCAACCGCAAGUGGGAAAGCUGCAUAUCCAUCGACUCAAAGUCCUGGGGUUACAGACGCAACGCUGCUCUCAAGGAUUACCUCACCACCCAGCAGCUUGUAGCCACGUUGGUGGAGACGGUUUCCUUUGGGGGAAACCUGCUGUUGAACAUCGGCCCGACACACGACGGAAGGAUCGCUCCCAUCUUUGAGGAGCGUCUGAGGGACAUGGGUCAGUGGCUGAAGGUCAACGGAGAGUCUAUUUACAACACAACAGCAUGGCGGGUUCAGAAGGACACCGUCAGCACCACAGUCAGAUACACUUUCAGACCCAAGGAAACGAGCCUCUUUGCUCUUCUACUGGAGUGGCCCAAAAAUGGAUCUGUGAUUCUGAAUGAGCCUGUGGUUACUGAAGGAAAGACUCAGGUGGAGCUUGUAGGGGUCGGGCCAGUGAAGUGGGAACCGGUGAAGCCCAGCGGGCUGCGGGUUCUCCUCCCCCAGCUGUCCAUCAGCCAGAUGCCUUGCCAGUGGGCCUGGACACUGAGGCUGACAGGUGCCACUUAAAGGGAAACGAGAUCAGCAGAAGAGGAACUGGCCGAGCUGCAGGCCGAGAGACGGAGCCAACGCUUUAUGUAAAUGUUUCAACCGCGCCCAUAAAAAGCACUGUGCUGAGUUGCACCUUUUAAAUAUGGUCUUUUUUGAUAUACUUAACAUGAAUACAUGAUAAUUGUUUAUGAUCUAUUAACUUUUAAGAUUAAAGGCUCUUUUUCCAGCUCCAAAGGGGGAAUGGUAAUGAAGUACAUUUACUCAAGUACUGCACUUAAAUAUAAUCCUACUACUUCAGUACUUCCAUUUAAAAUAAAUUCAUGCUUGUACUCUGCAAUAUUUUGGAAGCCAAUAUUAGACCGUGCACACAUUAUUCAUUUAAACACUUUAGUUACUUUGCAGACUCUGAUCAACUGCAAUGUAUUAAAUAUACAAAGAAGAUUCAACUUUUUUAGUUUUUUACACUUUGGUGUUACUACUUUUACUGGGAAAAUAACCUCUUAACUUGGGGACAUAUAUGUAAUUUUGUGUUGACCUAAAUAUGAUAUGCAUUAUUCAACAUGUGACCUCUGACACAAAAUUGUCAAAAUCCUCCUGCACUAUUGGGAUUGAUUGUAAGCCCAUGUAUUUGUAUGUGAUUUUCAUACUGCCUUUUUCCCAGUGAUGUGAAUGUUUUAUAUGUCAGGGAUUCCAAAUAAAUGGGAAUGUAAAACUAAGAAA